AUGGGAAACAACUCAAGAGCUAUUGUCUCCUUAGUCUUAGUUGCAACCUUAUGUGCUCCAGUUUUAAUCACUCAAGGAGUAGCUAAUGAGCAACCAGCACGCUCACAAUUUCCACCUGAUUUUCCUAUUGAUAUGGAAAAAUGUUGGUCAUCUCUUUUUAAUACUCGUGGAUGCGUAUUCGAACUAUACAAAUCAGUUUUCUCUGGUCAGUUUGGAAACGUCGGAGUCGCAUGUUGCAAAGCAUUCUCAACAAUCGAUGCUAACUGUUGGCCACAUAUGUUUCCGUUAAAUCCGUUCUUUCCACCGCUUCUUAAAGACAACUGCGCACACAUCAUCCCCAAUUCUCCCACACACUAG